GAAAUUGGAACUGGGCAAUAGGGGCAGGUGCGUUGGCAAGGCGGAGCGGGGGAAAAAAAAAGCUUUCUUCUUUCUGGGAUAUAGACAUUCGUUGACAUUUGAGAAACCGUCAGGGGGGAAGAACAUCUCAGUUGUUCUGCAGAUUUGUGCAAACGCAUCCACCUGUUAAGGCAAACCGAACGAGGACAUGGAGCGAUCACCGUUCACUAGAGGGCAAUGGGCCUCUCAAUCCCUGCGAAUUACUGCCAAAGAGCUGUCUAUAGUUAAUAAAAGGGGAACGGCGGCUCUCAGGGAACGUUUUUCUAAGUAUCAGAAAGCGGCAGAGGAAGCAAGCAGUGAACGAAAGAAAGGGAACACUGAAAAUCUUCCCCCAACCCUGAGGAAAGGGACAUUGAGCAUCUUGAAAAAGAAGUGGGAAAUUCCAGAAAAUUCCACAGCACAACCAGUGCUUCCAAAAUCGCCUGUCAGAAUUAAUCGUGCAGAUUCCCGGGCUCAGAUCGCUGCUGUCAGCCCAAAAGCAUACUCCAGCUUUGUGCCUCUAAGUGAGUCGGAUCAGAAUUUGGAGACUACCCCGAGAGUCAAGUCUCCCAGGAGCCCAGGGGUCUUGAGCAGAUUUCCUUAUCCUGGUACAGAGAGUGAAGGCCAGGCUGAGUUAAAGAUGGAAAGAAUUCUUUCUAAAGAGGGGAACGAAGUGGAGAAUGGAACAGCACAAGAUUUGACAGUCUCCUCUAAAAUUGAGAAGUUUAAUGUCCCACUGAACAGCUUGAAAAUGAUGUUUGAGAAGGGGGAUGCACAUGUUCAGCCUAAGCACAGACACCAUGAAAGCCCAGUUAAGCAGGCUACCAGAGAUCCCCUCAAGUCUGAUGUUUCCAAAAAGUGGUUAGACAAGACUGCAGAAGGCAGCUGUUUGAUUGAAGACAUAGAGAGAAAAGCAAGGGAGGGAAACUCCAGUGGUUUUGACCAUACCUCGUCUGGAACAAGCCCUGAUAAAACAGAAUCUAAGGUUGGUACGGAGUUGGCAGAUAUGCAGGAACAGACAUCAGUGAAAGACAGAAUGGCAUUAUACCAGGCUACUGCAUCACAGAAGGAGACCAGCAUCCAAUCUCCUACAACUUUGGAUGAGCAUAUGCUGUCUGGAGAAGUGAUCAAUACCAAAGAGUUAUGGGGAAGCCGAGAAGCAUCAAAUCCUAAGAAGUUGCCACAGUCUGACAUAAGCACUAGUGACAUUGAAAUGAAUGCUGGCAAUAGGAAUGAACAAAAAGAAAAUGUGCCACCAGUACCUUUGACCAGCACCCCUCCCCAUGCAGAACUGCAGAAGGGGUCUGUGGUUGAGACAUCGAAUGCUUGGAAAAAUUCUACUUAUGAGAAACCAGGAAAUAGUCAAGUUAAUGUGGAAAAUGAAGAAGGGACGCCAAAGCUUUCAACUCAGGGUAUAAAGCAACAGAGAUCAACUGCAGAAAUACAAAGUAGUCCAGCCAAAUCUGUUAAGAAAUUUCAGCUUCCAGCUAGAGAGUUGUGUGUCACCUGCCAAAAGACUGUCUAUCCAAUGGAGCGUCUUGUUGCAAACCAGCAGGUGUUUCAUAAUUUCUGCUUCCGCUGCAGCCAUUGCAACACUAAGCUGAGCAUUGGGAAUUUUGCUUCACUACAUGGGAAUGUGUACUGCAAGCCACAUUUCAGCCAGCUCUUCAAAUCCAAAGGUAAUUAUGACGAGGGAUUUGGUCAUAAGCCACACAAGGAGCUGUGGAUGGCCAAAACUGAGAGUGACACUACAGAACGCAAGAAUGAAGUUGCCAUGGAUAAAUCUGAGACCAAAACUGAGAACUCUGGAGUAGAUGAGCUUUCCAUACUCAAGGUAGGUGUUUUGGCUGCCAGCAUGGAGGCCUUAGUUACUAGUACUCCACCAGAAAAGGUGGAGAAACCUGUCGAAACAAGAAAAUUAAAAAUAGCUUGGCCACCACCUAAUGAAGCAGGUAGUAAAGGAAUUGGCUCUUCUGAAGAGAGCCUCCGAGUUAACAAACCAAAAUGGCCUCCAGAGGAUGAUUUCCAACACCUGACCAAGAGAAACUCUGAAUUCAUUGGUACCUCCAGACUGAGACGAAGCGCUUCUCUGAAAGAACGAUGUAGACCAUUUACCAUUGCUGCACCUCUGAGACCUAUAGCCAUUAAAGAGCCAGGAAGAAAUCCAUCUGCUAAAAAUACAACACAGGAUCUGAUCAUUAAAGAAAGAGAAGCCAAAAGAGAGACUGAUGAACGGAAGAAUGAAAACGAGUCAACUCUGGAAAAUGAGCAUGAGCAACCAGUGACUACUGAGCUCGAGGGCACGCAAGAAGAUUUGGUGACUGAAAAGGUUGUAGAAGUGAAAAGCAACAAAAAGCUGCUUCAAGAUGAGGAUGUAGAGGAACUUCACCUCCACAAGGAAGAGGCCAGAGAACCUGACUUUCUGGAGUGUGAGGAGCAGGAAUCCAAACAAAAAAUGGUUGAAUCGCAAACUUCUGGAGAGACACGUACCUCAAAUGAGCACAUUCCAGAGAAUGAGAGAAAACUGGAAGAUAUUGGUUUUUGGGAUGGGGAUGAAACUGAAGUGGAGGGAACUGCGGAACUGUCAGUUGAAGAACAAAUCAAGAGAAAUAGAUGUUAUGAAGAUGAGGAUUAGAAACUGUGGGUGAUUUACAUGAUAUUUUAAUUGGUGACUGGCCUUGUGAUUCAUGGGUGUCAGCUCAGAACUUCCUGUUGUAAAGUGGUUUAUUCUAAAUACCUGUAUUGAUAUGAACUUUAUCAACAUAAAAGUAACUAACUAAUCAAGCAAUUAAAAGAACAAGUAUGGAAUCAUGGAAGGUAGUGAAGUUCUAAUUCAAGGGCAUGAGGUUUUAUCUCAUGCCGUUUUUUUUGUGUAUCGUCCACUAUCUAGGCAGGAGGGAUUAGAUUUCAAAAGACUCUAUGUAAAGAAGUUUUUCUAAAAGUUAUAACUAAAUGCCAUUCCACCUUGUAUCCAUGCCACUCCUUUAAUGCUCCCUUCACAUAGCCUGUUAAUGUUUUAUCAUAUAAAAGAUGGAUUGAAUUUAUCAAGAAAUAAUGGAAGCAUUUAAGAACCAGAGUGUGUACACCUCAAAUGGUAGUGGAGCAGAAAAUACCUUAAGCUGAAAACAACUGGGCAUCUUCUACCUCGUUGCCACGCACUUGCCUACACAUAGACCCGAAAAUGGCAAUUUAGUGAAGGCUUGGUUCUGAGAUUUGAAAAUGGAGUUCAUCUGUUAAUGUCCUUAAUCCAAUAGAUCAUUCAGUUGGCAAAACAGGGUGGUCCCUACAUUGCAGUAGCAGAGUGACAGAUUGAUCCUGACUCUAACACACACUCUCUGAUCAGCCUUAAUUUAACAGACUUUCCAAUUGUAUAGCUGUAAAGAUCCAAAUAUCAGAGGGAAGAUUUGAUGGAUCGAUAUUAUUAGAGUUAUGGAAUGUUUGAAACAACAAAGAUUAUUUACUUGUUUUUUAGAAUAGUGUAACUAAUCCCGGUAAGAUGAAAAUGGAAGCAUUAGAAUAACACCACUUUAUAACAAUGUUAUAGGCUGUAAACCUGACUUUAGUCUUCAAACCUUGUAAAUUCCUACUUCUGGCUUUAUUCUUUACCCUUCAGUGCUGUUUUAGAAUUUCUUGUGUAUUGCAGUAUGAUUUUAUAUGUGAAAUUGUUUUUACAUAUUGAUAGCAUGUGAGGGACAAGACGCUGCUGAAAAUAGUGAUUUGACUUUAGUAUAACAAUUUUAGAUGGGAUGGGCAAUAAAGAAUUGGGCAAUACAUUUGUGCUAUGGUGUCUGGAACAAUGCAAUUUUAAUCUUUGAUGAAAACAAAAACACUGCUCAAUACUGAAAUCUCUCUUGGUGUUGGAUCUAUCACCUCUACAGCCUUCUGGCACCUGAUUUGGUCUAAGGUGAUUUAAGUAGCACAGACAGUCAUUCUUCUUAUUGCAGUAGACUUGAUAUUUAAAUCGUGUUUCUGACUUUACUGCAGAUAUGUAAUGGCCCUGAUGUUCAAAUCAAUCCAAUCAAUCAAUCAAUCAAUCUCUCUCAACUCCUCCUCCUCUGUUAAUUUAUCUUCUGGCUGUAGAAAUUUUAAGAUGUUAACCUAUUAAUCCAGGUUAGAAUCCAACCCAUGUCCUAGCAAUAGAUGGAUGGAUGCCUGUUGCAUCCCUUGAUCACUUGCCCAUUGAUUCUUGUGCAAAGAAUCUAAGCAAUUUAGAAACAUGCAAAAUCAUUAAAUGCAGAGAAGUUAUUAUGUAAUAAAAAGAAUUACUUGACCAAUGCUGGCUGUUGACUUUGACUUUCUUUUCAAACUCUUCUACAAUUGUACAUUGGAUUUGUUGUGAUUUCUGUUUGGCUUCUAGUUAAUAAACUCUUUAAAAAGACA